CACCUCCCUCUUCUCGGUCUGCUGUGGACGUUCCCAUAGCGGAGCGGGAGGGGGGGAGGUUAGGGGCGGCCGCGGCCCCAGAGACCCGCGUCACGUGGCCCUCCCUCGGGGUUUCUGGCAGAACCGGCUGCACGGCGGCUUAGGGCGAAAGUGAGGGGGAAUCCGGCUGCUGCUCGGGUGCCGGCGGCCGUUUCGGUGCGGCGGCGCCAAUCGCCAUGUCCCUGCGGAAGCCGGGCGAUGGCGGCGGCGGAAGCGCGAGGCGGGCGGGCUCCCCGGAGGAGGCUCGGGAGCUCCCGGAAUGCGCGCCGGGCGGGCGCCUGAUGCCGCUGCUGCCUUGGGACCGCUUCUCGGCCUGGCUGCACUGCGUGUGCGUGGUGGGCUUCGACCUGGAGCUCGGGCAGGCGGUGGAGGUAAUACAUCCUCAACAUGCAAAACUUACAGAUAAAGAGAAAACCAAUAUUUGCUAUUUGUCUUUCCCAGAUUCCAAUUCAGGUUGCCUUGGAGACACACAAUUUUGUUUUAGAUUUCGACAGUCUUCUAGCAGAAAGCUUUCAUGGCAUUGUCUACUGGACCAGUUUGACAGAGACCUACCCAUUUACUUGAAGAAGGAUCCUGCAUAUUAUUAUGGUUAUGUAUAUUUCAGACAAGUACAAGACAAAACCUUAAAAAGAGGCUACUUCCAGAAGUCCUUGGUUCUGAUCAGCAAGCUGCCUUAUAGCCACAUUUUUCACACUGUGCUUGGAAAAAUUGCACCUGAAUAUUUUGAAAAAAACGAACCUUUCUUGGAAGCAGCUUGUAGCGAUAUUGAUCGAUGGCCACCACCAGUCCCAGGAAAAACCUUACAUUUGCCUAUUAUGGGCAUUGUAAUGAAGGUGCGGAUUCCUACCUGCCACGACAAUCCUGGAACAACCCAAGUAUUACAGUCGACACAGCAGACAGACACACAGGUCUCCAUUGCGUUGCCUACUGUCCAUGAAGUUGAUCUCUUCAGAUGUUUCUUGCCAGUGUUCUUUCACAUCCAGAUGCUAUGGGAGCUCGUGUUGUUAGGGGAACCGCUUGUUGUCAUGGCACCAUCACCAUCGGAGUCUUCAGAAACCGUUUUGGCACUUGUAAGCUGUAUCUCACCUCUGAAGUACUAUAGUGAUUUUAGGCCUUAUUUUACAAUACAUGACAGUGAAUUCAAAGAAUAUACCACUCGUACUCAGAACCCGCCUUCUGUCAUAUUGGGAGUGACGAAUCCAUUUUUUGCUAAAACACUGCAACACUGGCCACACAUCAUCCGAAUAGGAGAUAUUAAACUGUCAGGUGAAGUACCAAAGCAGGUGAAAGUGAAAAAGCUAAAGAACUUAAAGACUUUGGAUUCUAAGCCUGGUGUUUAUACAUCUUAUAAGUCAUACUUGAACAGAGAUGAAGAAAUCAUCAAGCAGUUACAAAAGGGAGUACAGCAGAAGCGUCCCGGAGAAGCUCAAAGCAUAAUCCUUCGUCGUUAUUUUUUGGAACUGACCCAGAGCUUCAUUAUUCCUCUAGAACGAUACGUAGCAAGCCUGAUGCCUCUGCAAAAGAGCAUAUCACCUUGGAAGAGCCCGCCACAGUUGAAGCCAUUCAACCAAGAGGAAUUUAUGAAAACUCUUGAGAAAGCAGGGCCUCAGCUCACCUCUAGAUUAAAAGGAGACUGGAUAGGACUCUACAGGCAUUUUUUGAAAUCGUACAACUUUGACGGCUGGUUCAGGACUCGGCGGAAAGAAAUGACACAGAAGCUGGAGGCACUGCACUUGGAAGCGCUAUGUAAUGAGGAUUUGCUUUUCUGGAGUCAGAAGCAUACUGAAGUGGAAACAGUGGAUUUAGUUUUGAAAUUAAAGGAUAAAGUGGCUGAUGGAGAAAACUUACCUGUGAAACCAGGCACUGUGGAAAAGUUACAGAUGCACAUUGAUUCAAUUAUUCUUGCAUUGCCAGAAGAUUUACAGGGUAUACUCAUCAAAACGGGCUCAACGUGACUAACUGGACUUUUAUGCAGCCAUAUGUACCACAUCGCACAUUUGAAAGGUGUAAAGGCACUUGCAAAGAACAGUGGACAUGCAAAGUAUAUGGUACUGGAAACAGACCAUGUUAAUAUUUAAAACAUUUUAAGCAGCCCCUUAGGUUCAACUUGAAUAUGGAAGGAACUGAUUUUUGAUUAUUAUUUUUUGCAUACGUUUAAAAUUAAGUGCUCUUACUGAACAUCCGCAUGCAUCUUAAACUUCCACAAUGCAGUGCAGACACUGCAGAGCUUCUUAAAUGGGUGGUGAUCUGCCCAAUUGUAUUAAACUCAGGGGAAGCAAUAUUCCUGUUGGUUUCAAUGACUAUCGCACUUAAUGGAAUAACUAGUAGCUGUCCAGUGAGAACUUCGUCUUGAUAUUUUAUUUCCUCUUAAGAUCUCAAAUGCUAAUCUACUAAAUAUUAUAAUUCAGUUCAGUUAUUACAGAGCUGAUGGCCAAACCUGAAUUCAUUUAUUCAAUUUAUAUCCUGCCUUUCCUACAAUGAGCUGUAUAUGAGUCCCCACCCUUUUACCCUCACAGCAACCUUUUGAAGUAGACUGGGCUGAAAGAUAGUGACUGGUUGAGGGUCAGUGAGAGUCAUUGCCGAGUGAACAUUUGACCCCAGAUCUUUCUAGUCCUAGUCCAUUACUAACCACUAGUACACCACCCUGGCUCUCACACUGGUUUAACAAUUGGGAUCCUCCCUGUAGUCUUGGGCACUCCUCCAUUUUCCUUCUGUUAGGUCCAUGUAUAUUCUCCCCACAUUCCUAAUUACAAUAAUUGGAGCCUGCUCUAGUAUUUCAGCUGGGAAAACUCGGGUUACUGCUUAUCAUAGUUUGCAGGGUGUAUUGAUUUUAAAUCAAGGCAGUACAAAUCCCAGUUUAAAUCAGCAAGAAAAAAAGGCUGGUUUAAAUCAUUCUCAUGGAUAAAUCUUAUUAUUUCCUAAAUAAUGGUGCAAAUCUCACCACUGGGGCCCUACUAAUUAAUAACUAAAUUAGUAUUUAUACUGUUUCAUUCUUGUAACCAGGCCUUUUGCCUCACUACAUAUAUUUUGUGUGCUUUCCUUCUUCAACCUUUUAAAAUAUUUGCAUGUAGAUUCUUUCUUGCACUUGGCACCCAUGACAGUUUGUGAGGUUAAGUUUGGGAGUAUAGGAAACUGAACACUGGACAAUUGUCUCCUCUCCAACGUCGCUCCUUUCUGCUUCGCUAUGCUUUUGCCAAGCCCUAGCCUCACAGAAUCAAACAAAAGUAGCAAUCAAAACUGAAAUGCCCAUGACUGAUACAACAGAAGUAACUUGGCAAAGUGUAGGUGGAAUGUAAAUAUUAAUAUCUGAUAAAUUAUCCAAUUAGUUCUUCAUACAUAGAAAAGCCUCCUUUAAUUCAAUGGAUCUGGUACUGUAUAUGAAUAUAUUCAGUUUACAGUGUAACUUUUAGAACCAACAUGCUUAUAUUGAGGUUAUUUAAUAUUAACCUAGUUGGUAUUUUAGACUUCAUAUUUACAUUUUUAAAACUGAAUUUCACAUUUGAAAAAACAGGUGGGGAAUUUAGCUUUUUAAACAACAAAACUGAAACUAAACAUUGCUUUUUUAAUCCACUUCGAUUGUGUCCCCACCCAGGACUGAAACCCGAUUCAUUCUUAGUUUUGAGGCAGUGUGAUUAGAGGUAACCAUAGUCUAUGCAGUUCAGAUAUUACAGCAGCUCAAGCUUAUUUUAAACUAUGGAAAGGAACAUGGAAGCCCAGGGAAGAGGAGCACACAGACUUGUGAUUUUCCUCCCUCUCACAUCAGCUCUGAGACAUCUGAAUCAAAUGACUUGAGAUUACAGUGUGUAAUAGUGAAUUUACUACCUAUCAGGUCACAGAUCUGUUUCUAGAAUAUAAAACUAGUGGUGCCCCCCUUAAAAAAAGAAAA